UUUGAGUAUAUGUUGUGACAUGCGCAGACAGCCAGCAGCAGCAGCAGCUCCACCACCGACCGACCGACACCGACACACCGAGAGGAGAGAGACCGACAGACGGAUCAACAGACCCGGGGAGGUGUGAGACGAGGCUCGGUGGAGGACGGAGGAUUUUUGUUGUUGUCAGAGAAUGAUGCAGCAAGAGAGCACAGCGUCUGAUUGUGCACAGCUGGCUCUAAAUAGAGACAAUAAGUCGUGAUUGUUUUUUUUAUUAUUAUUUACAAGAGGAUCGACUGUGUUAAACCUCCUGCAGCAGCAUGCCUCCUCCUCCUGCAGCUCAGAGCCUCCAAUCCAGCAGACUGACCCUCUCUGAGACCAGCAUAGGUUCCUUUAAAAGGAGGAAGAAGAAAUCCAUAAUAGUGACGGUGUUGCUGCUCAUCGUGUCGGUGCUCAUCCUCGUCUUCGGCUUGGCGGCGACCACCAGGACGCAGAACAUCACAGUGGGCGGCUACUACCCAGGAGUCAUUCUGGGCUUUGGCUCUUUUCUGGGAAUCAUCGGCUCUCAUUUGAUAGACAACAAGAGGCAGAUGUUAGUGGCAUCUAUUGUCUUCAUCAGUUUCGGAGUGGUGGCUGCCUUCUGCUGUGCUAUCGUUGAUGGAGUGUUUGCUGCGAGGCACAUUGACCUCAGGCCUCUGUAUGCCGGCCGCUGUGAGUAUCACUCCAGUGAGACGUCAUCUGAACGUGAUGUGCCCUGUCAGACAUCGUCGCGCACAUCCUGUAACCUGCGUGUGAAGGGCAACACCUGCUACUGCUGCGACCUCUACAACUGCGGGAAAGAACAUCCUCUUAUGGGACUUCAGAAUAAAGAUGUUUUGAAAAAGUUUAGGAAAUCAUCCAUGAUUUGGAAGUCCAGCCGUGUGGAGGUGAUCGGAGGCUACCAUGAAUACACAGAUGUGAAGAGCUGCCAGGACGUGGUGCACCUCUAUCACCUGUUGUGGUCCGCGACGAUCCUCAACAUCAUUGCCCUCUUUCUGGGCAUCAUUACUGCCGCAGUACUGGGAGGCUUCAAAGACCUGAUUCCCUCUGCUGCCUCAGAGAGUACAUCUGAACCAGAGGCCAUCACAGCUCCAGUCCUCUCACAGCCUCGUCCACCCACCACCACCCUCAACUCCUACUACAACACUGCCCCCUGCCUGCCGCCGUACACUGCCUACGACCUGCAGGGCUCCUACGUGUUCCCCGACUCGUCAGGCCUGUCAGAUGAAUCCCAGUCUGGAGCCAGCCACCUGUGGCCCACCAUGAUCCCUCCACGCUACUCUCCUCCUCACGACCAUCCCGAUGAGAAGCCCCCGCCGUACAGCCCGUAAAGACGGCUUCCAGCUAAGAAGACACCUGAAAACGUUGCCGGGUGUUUUUUAGAUGCUGAUGGAGUGGUUUGAAUGCACAAGUCCUCUGAGCUUUUUCCUCACAACCUUUGAGAACUGUGUUGAAGGAAAGGUGGUGAGGAAGAGGAGGAUGGUCCACGGAGCACACUCACUUUGAGUUCAGCCCAACACAAGGAGUGUUUGUCUCCCUGGGCACCACUCACACACUUAUGAGUGCACUGUGCCUGUGUGUGUGUGUGUGUGCAUAUACACGUCAAGAGAGACAACCAGUUCAAAGCCAGGACUGUUUACACAUCUAUCUGCCUUAAUGCAAACGGGCUUCCAGUGCUGCAGCUCUCAGUCACCUGGACUCUGUACAAGGUCAAGAACUCUCUUCCAGCUCAUGCUUUAUGUUCACCUCCCUUCAGUACAGAUUGUAAAUGCUUCCUGCCUCGAGUGGCACAGAUGAUGACGUCCUCACUGUUGGAUCUGGACUGAUGAGUGCAGCUACAACCCUCCUGUGAGAUCCAACCCCAGUUACUUGAAAGCUUUGGUGUCUUCCUUGAAUCUGAAUCAGCAAGAGAAUUGAAAACCGUAAUUGUAGGCCCAAGCAGUUUCUUUAGCGAUUAGCAGUAAUGGAGGUAUUACAGGCUCAUAAUGUAUACAGCAGUAUGAUAAACAGAUGCUCCUUUAGCAGUUAACAGAUCUAUUUAUCAACUCUUCAGUUCAUGUUAAAAAAUAUCUUGAUCAAUGUGUGGUAAACUUUGCAGAGCAAUGUUUAUGAAGAAAUAAGUUAUUCUGCAGUAGUUGUUAAGUAAAGGCGGCUAACACUUAAACUCCAAAACCUAUUUAUUGUCACUAAAAGCCGCAAAGCAGGUUCAGCGUGUAUCGUCUCUCUCUAUAAGUAGUCGUGAUAUCACAUCUAUGAAAUUGUUUCACAAGUUGAAAUGUGUUUGUCUUUGGCAGGAGUACACAUUAGUGAGGCGUAGUGGGAACAGUCGGUGCUGGAUUCACUGACAGACAUGUCAACUGUUGUUCACGGAGGAAGAGUGAAGAAGAGUCAACUUAGUCCAUGUCCCUGAGACGGGUCUGUCAGCUUUAAUCACUGCUUUUUAUAAUUUAAACAACACAUUCUCAGGGGCUGAUUGUCAGUUCCUUUUUGUCUCGCCAUUAAAAAAAUGUUUUGUGUAAUUCAAA